CCAUUUAAUAUGACAACAGCAAGAGAGUUUAUUAUCCUGGGCUUUGCAGAUAGUCAGGAAUUCAAGGUUCCCUUAUUUUUGCUUUUUCUAGCAAUGUACCUUCUUACAGUGCUAAGUAAUCUAAUAAUUAUUGCUUUAGUUUGUCUGGACAGUCACCUGCAGAAACCUAUGUAUUUUUUCAUCUGUAACAUGUCUUUAAUUGACAUGUUAUAUUCCUCUGUCACAGUUCCAAAUCUGCUGCAAAACAUCAUAACCAACGAUAAGAAGAUUUCAUUCCAAGGUUGCAUGUCCCAACUCUUUUUUUUCAACUCUCUUGGUAGUUUAGAGUAUAUGUUGCUCACUUCCAUGGCAUAUGAUCGCUAUGUUGCUAUAUGUCGUCCACUGGUCUAUCACAUGACCAUGAACAAAAAGGUCUGUAUAAUUUUAGCAAGUGGUGCUUGGGGUGGAGGCUUUGCUGCAGCUCUUCCGCUUAGUGUCCUAAUUUCAUCUCUUUGUUACUGUGCUUCAACUAAGAUCAACCAUUUUUUUUGUGAUCUUAUACCACUGUUAAAAUUAGCUUGUGAUGAUACAUCUGCUGUUGAGUAUGCUGUAUUUGCAGAAGGAAUAAUAAUUGUUUUAAAUUGUUUCUUGUUAACUUUAACCACCUAUGCAUACAUUAUAGCCGCGAUCCUCAAAAUAAGCUCAAAGGAAGGUCGAUACAAAACUUUUUCCACCUGUGCUUCCCAUCUUACAGUGGUCAGCCUCUUCUACACAAUGAUUGCCUGCAUGUAUAUGAAGCCAUCAUCUUCAUAUGAUUUGGAUGAAGGGAAGGGUCUCUCUAUCCUUUAUGUAAUCAUUGUUCCUAUGCUAAAUCCAAUUAUAUAUACUUUGAGAAACAAAGAUGUGAAGGAAGCAUUCAACAGAUUAACUAAAAUAUAAUAAAUUAAAUAUAUUCCA